CUUUGACGUGCGGGCGGAACUCUAACACAUCAUAUACCCGUGUUAUUCCCAUUGACGUUUUGCCAUUGUAUAUAUUUCAGCAACAAUCACAUUCUUACAUUGUAGCUACAAAGCUAAGAACAUAAUCUCAAGACCUGAACCAGUUCCCAUUCAUAAAAUCACAUCACAAGGCCGCAAAUAUGGUGAACAAGAAAGCGCAAAAGCCAUGCUACGUCCUUGGUGUGGGAAUGACCAAGUUCAUCAAGCCAAGAGGCAAGGUCGAUUACACCGAGCUGGGCUUCGAAGCUGGUGUCAAAGCCAUGCUGGACGCCCGCAUCAAUUACGAUGACGUUGAUCAAGGUGUUGCAUGCUACUGCUACGGCGACAGUACUUGUGGACAGCGAGUCUUCUAUCAGUUUGGCAUGACGCAAAUCCCCAUCUACAACGUCAACAACAACUGCUCAACCGGAUCCACCGGCCUCUUCAUGGGACGGAACAUGAUUGCGCACGGCGGCUCCGACUGCGUACUUGUCGUCGGCUUCGAGAAGAUGUUCCCGGGUAGUCUCCAGUCAUUCUUCAAUGAUCGUGAGAACCCAACGUCUACUUCACACAAAAUCAUGAUGGAGACGAGAGGUGUUACAAAUGCUCCCGGCGCUGCUCAACUUUUUGGUAACGCCGGUCGGGAGUACAUGGAAAAGUACGGCGCGAAGCUCGAAGACUUUGGCGAGAUCGCUCGUGUCAACCAUCUGCACUCGAAGGACAACCCGUACUCGCAAUUCCAGCAGACGUACACUCUCGAUCAGGUCAUGAAAUCUAAGAUGAUCUUCGAACCCCUUACUAUGCUUCAGUGCUGCCCCACAUCCGAUGGUGCUGCCGCAGCGGUCCUUGUAUCUCAAGAGUUCCUCGACGCUCGUCCGGAGCUCAAGAGCCAGGCUGUUCUUAUUGCAGGCCAGUGCCUUGCUACAGACUCCCCGAACCUCUUCAACAAGAGCUCGAUCGAGCUUGUUGGGUAUAGCAUGAGCAAACACGCUGCCAAGACCGCGCUUGAAGAGGCUCAGGUCAAGGCCGGAGACAUCAAGGUCUGCGAGCUACACGACUGUUUCUCUGCAAACGAGAUGUGUACAAUUGACGCUCUCGGCCUUUGUGAGCCAGGAAAGGCGCAUGAAAUGGUCCGCAGAGGUGACAUCACGCACGGCGGCAAGGUUGUUAUUAACCCAUCUGGUGGCCUGAUUUCUAAGGGCCAUCCGCUCGGCGCAACUGGUCUUGCUCAGUGUGCUGAGCUCACAUGGCAGCUCCGUGGCUGGGCCAACAACCGCCUUGCCCCCGACGCUGAAGCUGCUCUGCAACACAAUCUCGGCCUUGGUGGCGCCGUUGUCGUGACAGUAUACAAGCGCGCCGAUGGCAAGACGAACGCGAAGCUCUCUGAUGCUGAAGUUGGAAAACUGUCUGGUCUGGGUUACAACCCAGCUGUCGUCGCAAAGGGCUUCACGCCUCAGCAAGUCGACCAAGUACGAUCGAAGAAAUCCAGAAGUGAUUGGGCUCUGCAGGAUAUUGAGCAGAAGGUUGAGUCACGUUUCUAGAUAUCCCAAAAUGUUUGUAUAAUGCAUCGUAACUUCUAUGAGCGAGCGAAUUAAUUACUAGUCAAUUGAUGAGGAGAUGAACAUGAUGC